AUGUUCUCAUCCCUAAUCUCUAAAUUUUUCAACGACUUACCAUCUAAUUUUGGUUAUAAUAUAGGUGAAAAGGUCGAAGAAUAUAUUCCAAGCUUAUGGGUACAUUAUAGAGGUUUUAAAAAGAAUAAAUUAGAUACUCCAUGUAGUAUUUUCAUAUAUGAUAAAUCAUCUAGUACAAAUCUUGAAUCUCUAAGAUUUCUUGAUAAAGAUACAAUAAGAAGAUUAGUAAAAACUCAGUUUCAAAGGUGUAGAAGUCUUAUACAUCCUUCAAUAAUAAAAGUUUAUGAUGCUAUAGAAGUUGAUAAUCAUUAUUAUAUAGUUACAGAACCAUGUAUAUCUUUAUAUUCAUUGUAUUUAUUUGGGAAAUUUGAAUUUAAAAUGACUGAUGAUAGUAAUAAUUCAAAGCCUUAUUAUAUAUGGUUUUCUAAAGACUGCACUUUUGGUAUUUAUGACAUAAUGAAAAGCUUAAAAUUUUUACAUAAUGAUGCAAAAUUAAUACAUGGAAAUAUUAAUCCAUUAAAUAUUUACAUAAAUUCACAAGGAUACUGGAAAUUAGGAGGUUUUGAAUAUUGUUUACCUUUACAUGAAGCCUCUUCAAACUAUAUUGAAGAUAUUAAGAAAUGGAAUAUUGCUUAUAAUGUAGUGGGAUGGAAAUUUCCAAAUAAUACAAGAAAUCCUAAAUGUUUAGAUAUGUGGUCUUUAGGAGCUCUUAUUUAUUGGUAUUUUGAUGUAUCUCAAAAUAUAAAACUAGAUGAAGAAUUAAAUAUAGAUAAAGGUGAUAAUUUCAUGAAAUCACUGAAAAAUAAUAAACCUAAUUUAAGAGAGAAUAUCUUGAAUUUACCUUAUACAAGAGAUAAUAUAUUAUCAUUAGAAAAGAAUAUACUUCCAUUAUGGAUUCAAGAUUGGGUAGGAGGGCUUUUAACUAGUAUAAAUACUGGAAUUGAAGUAUCUUUAAAUGAUGGUAUAACUUUAAUAUCACGCUCAUCACCUAUUGUUGAAUUAUUUAAUCAUUUAGAUGAAUUUCAAUUAAAGACAGACCCAGAACGAGUUACAUUUUGUUCUCAGUAUUUACAACAGCUUAUAUUGAGUAUUAGAUCAAAUACAGAUAUAUCUAUAAAUAUUAUUAUUGGUCAAAGAUUAUUGACAAAAUUACUGGAUACUUUCCCACAAUAUACAUCUAAUAUUUUUCCAAUAAUAAUUUCAAUUUUAAAUGAAUUUGAUAACAGAAAAUGUCCUGAAUUUUUACUAAAACCUUUUUUAUCAACUUUGAAUAACUUAUUAACCCAGAAUGAUAGAUCUAUUCGCUAUACAAUUCUUAAGAAUAUAUCAAGUUAUUACGAUUUUAUAGAAGUUGAUAUUCUUAUAAGUUGUAUUGAUCCAAUGGUAUUGGGAUUUCAUGAUACUAUGCAACUAAUUAGAGAGACAACACUUCAAAGUAUGAUUUAUAUUAUUCCAAAGCUUUUAUCAUGUAAUAAUAAUGAGACAGAAUCUAAAGAUAAUUCAACGUUACUAAAAUCAAGUAAAUCCUCAGAUUUUAUUGAUUCAAUAAAAGAAGGUUGGAAGAAGAAUAGUGCUGUGAUAUUUAAUACUUUUAGUACUGGAGAUCAAAUUCAAAUUGCAGUUAAUAAAUUAGUGAAUGCAAUGUUUACACUUGCUAAAGAUCCAGAAGUUAUAGUUCGAAGUAAUACAGCUAUUUGUUUUGCUAAAUUACUUUGUAUAUUGCCACAAGAAUAUCAUAUGGCUAUACUUAAUAAAGUUUACUUGACAGUAAUAAAGGAUAAUUAUCCAAUAUGUAGAAAAGCUGUAUUACAAGCCCUCAAUUCAACAGUUAUAUAUUAUCCUUGUAAUGUGAUUACUCAACUUAUUCUCCCUAAUGUAUCUAUAUAUGGAUUUAUUCAGGAUAAUUAUGAAAUAAUGCAGAUUACAGCGGAUUUAAUUAAACAUAUUGCUUUUAUUUUAAGUGAUUAUGUUAAAAAUAAAAAUGAAACUACAGAACUUAAUGAUAUAAAUAGUUUAGAAGCUGUUGAUGAUAAUAAUACUAGCAGUAAGGAUAUAAUAUUGGAUAAUACAGAGAAUUAUUGUGGAUUUGAAUAUUCCGGAUCAAAUGAAAAAUUACAUGAUAAAAUUAUUGAAAAUAAUAAAGAAAAAACAAAUGGAGUUGGUAGAAAUAAACUUAAUUAUAUAGGUAAUAUAGAUAGCUCACAAAAUUUGAAUUCAGAUAGCUGUUGGGAUGAUGAUUAUUUAUUUGAUUAUAUAGGGACAAAUGAAGCAAUAAAAUUAGGAACUACAGUAACAACUAUUUCAUCUAAUCUACUUAAUAAUAAUUUGAUAGAUAUUGAUUCUAGAAGGGAUGAAUCUCAAAGGGUUAUUAAUUUAAAUGUGGCUCAUAAUUCAACAAGAUCUGCAAAGCUUGAUGUAAGCAUAAAUAAUAAAAAUACUAUAAAAUUACAAAAUAAAAGUACAAUAGAUGCUAAUUUAAAGUUUAAUACUAUUAAUAAUAAUAAUAGUAAUUCAGUGAAUAUUAUCUUAAAUAAUGAUGAUUUUUGGAAGGAAUUUGAAGGAAUAUAA